GCCGGCAUUGGCACCACGCACACGCAAUGCCCUCCAUAACCGCCGCCUUCUGGCUGUCGUUGCCGGUACUGCUGGCGGCACUAGUCUACCAGCUUGGCCUGCCGGCUUUCGUCGAGCACCGCCUCCCCUGGACAUCCAAUUCCACCACGCAUUGCUACAAAGCCGUCAGGACGCUGUCCUCGAUACUUGCCCAGGCCCACUGUUUUACAGUCAGCAGUGGCCACUUUUCCCGCGUCUUUGUCGAUGAUGCACCCGCCGAGGCCAAGGAUGCGCGUACUGGCUAUGUGUAUCCAGGCCUAUGGGACGGACAUGGCCAUCUGAAACAGUAUGGCGAGUCUCUGGACUCGGUUAGCUUGUUCGGUGCCAGUUCGAUGGAUCAAGUUCAGAAACGACUGCUCGAUUACAAGACGGACCGCCCCGAGAAGGGGGCGAGCGAUGAGUGGCUGCGAGGAGCCGGCUGGGACCAGGCACACUAUGGAGGACGCUGGCCGACUUCUUCGGAUCUGGAAAUAUCCCAAAACUUCCAGGACCUCUUCAUUAUGUUGGAUCGAGUCGACUUUCACUGCAUCUGGGUUUCCCAAAAGGUGCUUGAUCUUCUCCCGUCACCCAUUCCCGACGUUCCUGGAGGCGAGGUCCCUGCCAAGGGUGUGUUUUGCGAUAAUGCCAUGGACAUUGUUCUGGAGCAUUACCCCAAGCCCAACAGAGCACAGCAAACCAAGUUCAUCAAGGCUGCCAUGGCCGGCUUGAACCAGUACGGUAUCGUAGGAAUGCACGACGCUGGAGUGACGCCUGGGGAUCUCAAGCUGUACGAAGAACUCGCCAACGACGACGACUGGACUGUCCGGGUCAACGCCAUGAUUGAAUGUGACGUUAGAAACACCUUCUGCCCGGAGGCAGUGAAGAAGACGAGUACGCCCAACGGCAAGUUGCAGGUGAAGAGUGUGAAGCUUUUCGCAGAUGGGGCGUUGGGCAGCUGGGGAAGUGCCAUGAUUGAGCCCUACAGUGACAAACCGACUUCUUCGGGCUCCCUGCUUGUCAACGCAACUACCUUGUCACAAGUCACGCGGGAUUGGGCGCAGGCGGGAUAUCAAGUCAACAUUCACGCAAUAGGAGACCUUGCGAAUAGGCUGGCUAUUGAUGCAUUUGAAGCCGCCCUGACAGAGCUGUGCCCCCACACUAGCCCCCACGAAUGUCAGUCACACCGCCGCUUUCGGAUUGAACAUGCCCAAAUCAUUCACCCACAUGACCAGCGAAGAAUGUCACUCUUGGGCAUCAUCCCCUCGAUUCAGCCUACACAUGCUACCUCUGAUAUGGGAUACGCAGAGAGCAGACUGGGAAAACAACGCACAAGAGACGAAGCCUACCGCAUGCGGUCGCUCGUCCCCCUUCGGCCCGUUCUUGGCAGCGAUUUUCCAGUGGAGCCCGCCAACAUUUUCGAGGGCAUGUACGCGGCCACCACACGGCGCAGUCCGCUGACUGGCUUGGAUCCCAAUGGCCAGAAGCACGGCUGGUAUCCCGAAGAGACUCUCAGCUUUGAGCAGGCACUGGAGGGCUUCACUGGAAACCCUGCACACGCCGCGUUCCUCCAAGGCAAAGCUGGAGUCAUCCAAGCUGGGGCUUACGCGGACUGGAUUGUCUUCGACGAGCAAUUAGAGGCCAUGGAUUUUGAUUCAUUACGAAAGGCAACAGUAAGAGAGACGUGGGUUGGUGGCAAGCGAGUCUAUCAAAGACCGGGCAGUGGGCAUGGUCCUCGGUAG